UAGAUUGGAGUAAGUCGAUAUUCUACGGAGAUGCAUUCAUCGUACGUGAUCGCGAGGUCUGAGAAUGCGGUGACGUUGAGAAACUGCUUGAUCCGAAAAUACAUAUCGUAAUGCAUAUAUGCAAAUAUUAAUUAAAAUAUAAAAAAUCAUAUCCAGUGUCUACAACGCUAAUUCAUAUUGAUACGAAACCAUUUCGCCAUUCUACAUUGGCGUAAUGGAGAACCAAAUGCGACAUAUCGAUUGAUAAACGUAUCACACUACAUUGUUAAAACUCUGCCUUGUAUAAAAACAGGUAGACAUUUGCCACGAAAGGAGGAACUAGCUUAGGUGCCCGGACCUUUCGACGUCACACGGCGAGAGCCGACCGGUGGCAGAUCGAGGAGGGGCGAGAGGAUGUUGCUGAGGUAACACGACAUUUCGAGGCCGCACGAGAAGUACGAUAAUCGCAGCACGGGAAGGUGUCGAUCGCAGCAAGCGCAUAAAGGAAGGAUCGAAGAGUGGCGGAAGAAUGGGUUUUCCCAGGAGAAGGUCGCUGUGGCUGAAGGUGGCGGUACUGGCAACCGCCGUGUGGGUGACCGUCUGUUUCCUGCUCUAUACGGAGGAUCGGGCGGCGGCUGCUGUUCAGGGAUUGGCACCGUCGGGCGUCGCGAUGCCGCAACAAGCGGCGAAUGGCUUUGUGCUACCCGCGGCGCCGUUUAGAAAAGAGUCGACUGGUAAUGUUAUUAACAACAGGGCGAAGAUCAAUCAAGCCGGUCCAAAGCAAGAUUCUAUAGGUGGUGGAGUGCUGGAUAUACCACGGGAACCGGAUACUGCUGCACCGGGUGAGAUGGGCAGACCCGUGAUAUUGCCGGCCAACAUGUCUGCGCAGACGAAGAAGCUGGUGGACGAUGGCUGGCUCAAUAACGCGUUUAAUCAGUACGUCAGUGAUUUAAUCUCCGUGCACAGAUCUUUGCCCGAUCCACGCGAUCAGUGGUGUAAAGAAUCUGGUAGGUACUUGAAGGACCUUCCGCCUACAGCAGUAAUUAUCUGCUUCCACAACGAAGCUUGGUCUGUGUUGUUGCGUACAGUGCAUUCCGUGCUGGAUAGAUCGCCAGAACAUCUCAUACAGGAAAUCAUUCUGGUCGAUGAUUUCUCCGACAUGCCUCAUCUCAAGCGCCAAUUGGAGGACUAUAUGAUGAAUUAUCCAAAAGUGAGAAUUAUCAGGGCAAAUAAACGUGAGGGCCUUAUCAGGGCGCGCUUGUUAGGCGCUGCGGCGGCCAAAGCUCCGGUCCUCACGUAUCUGGAUAGCCAUUGUGAAUGUACGGAGGGCUGGCUGGAACCUCUUCUGGAUCGGAUCGCGCGCGAUCCGACGACGGUAGUUUGUCCGGUGAUCGAUGUUAUAGACGACACUACCCUGGAAUACCACUGGCGCGACUCGAGUGGUGUAAAUGUCGGUGGAUUCGAUUGGAAUCUCCAGUUCAAUUGGCACGCGGUACCAGAGAGGGAGAGGAAGAGGCACAAAAACCCGGCCGAACCCGUUUGGUCACCAACGAUGGCUGGCGGCCUCUUUUCAAUAGACCGAGCCUUCUUCGAACGGAUCGGCACGUACGAUAGCGGCUUCGACAUAUGGGGCGGCGAGAAUCUUGAAUUAUCAUUUAAAACCUGGAUGUGCGGAGGCACCCUGGAAAUCGUGCCGUGCUCGCACGUGGGUCACAUCUUCAGGAAACGUUCGCCUUACAAGUGGCGCAACGGCGUGAACGUGCUCAAGAGGAACAGCAUAAGACUGAGCGAAGUGUGGCUGGACGAAUACGCCAAGUACUAUUAUCAGAGGAUAGGUCACGACAAGGGGAAUUAUGGCGACAUAUCAGAGCGAAAAGCUCUUAGGAAGAAACUGGGGUGCAAGUCGUUCAAGUGGUACCUGGACAACGUUUACCCGGAACUCUUCAUUCCGGGCGAGGCAGUCGCCUCCGGAGAGGUCCGAAACCUCGGCGAAGGCGGUAACACCUGUCUGGACUCGCCCGCUCGCAAGGCCGAUUUGCACAAACCGUGCGGACUAUAUCCCUGUCAUCGACAGGGUGGAAAUCAGAUACGACAAGUUACUAGCGGAAUGUGUAUAGAUUCAUCAGGGAAAAUCGAAGACCUACAUCAGCCAGUGGGCAUGUAUCCCUGUCACCGUCAAGGCGGCAAUCAGUACUGGAUGCUCAGCAAGACGGGCGAAAUCCGUCGAGACGAGUCGUGCUUGGACUACAGCGGCAGCGACGUUAUUCUCUAUCCUUGUCACGGCAGUAAAGGAAAUCAACAAUGGAUCUACAAUCCUCAGACUAAUCAUAUCAGGCACGGUAGCAGCGACAAAUGUCUGGCGAUUACAGAGAGCAAGCAGCAACUGGUGAUGGAAGAAUGCUCGCCCAAUGCCCUGAGACAGAGAUGGUCCUUCGAGAAUUACGAUCCAUCGAAGCUGUGAUACCGCGCCUUUUCGCGUCGUCAUUCCCACAAUCGCAAUCACGCUUCUGAUCGCGCCGGAUCUUGGCUACCAGGGAAACGAUUUUCAAUCGCCAAAACCCGCUUUGGUAGAUAAAUCUCGCGAAUUCCGCAAGACAUUGCGAAAAUUCCUGCGGAACCGCUCGGAAUCACUUGAUGGACCAACUCAAACUCCACGCGUUUUCUCAAGGAACGAUCAUCGAGAAUAAAAGGGUCCAUCAUUGACUUCUUAUCGACAAGCUUGAAAUGUGUGAAACAAAAGAUCGAUCGAUGCAACGAAACGUUUGCGAGAACAGUAUACUUUGAGAAUUUUGUACUCGAGAAACUGCAUUUAAUUAGAAUAAGUUCCGAGCACUGUAUGGCGCUCGAAUCGAUUAUGAUUUGAGUUUCAUAUUGAUAGCCCUAAGUACUAAGAGUAUUACGAGAGAUUGGCUCGAACGUGGUCGUGAACGAACGUGAUUGUAUCGACCAUCGAAAUAGCUCUCGAUCAUCACUUUCGUUCAUUGAUCAUUCGCGCUUCCAUGAGGAUCAAAAGGGAAGCGGAAUGCUUGAUACUGUCAUAGAAACGACACGUCGUGUCGAUCUUAGCGAGCGAAUCGUUGAUUGUUCGUCUGAAUAACGAGUAGCGAAUUAUUUCCCUUUCUGUCUCUAUACUACAGCAAUUUCAAGAACGAACUGCAAAAUGUUUUCGACGAGUUUGAACGCGGCCGUUAUCCUUUAGAAAAAUCAAGUGCCAAAUUUCAAAUAUUCCCAUCUCAAGCUAUAACCAAGGACGAACUCCUACAAAAUAGUGAACCUACAUCGCCGUUAAUGAAAACACUUAGUGUUUGCGUGUACCGAAUGAUUUCAGAAGAUUGUAUUAGACGAUAUCUGCGCAGUCGUGCCCUUCUGCUAACUCUUGAAGUGCCAUGUGCGAGUUUGAGGGAAAAACGCAAAGAGAAUUAUAGCACCCUUAAUGCAAAUCGCGUUUGAACAAUUUGCAUUAUUCUCAUGCAACGGCUCAUGAGAUAGCAUGCUUAUAAGUAAAGAUGGUUUACCUUCAAGUUAUUCUCAAUUACGCUUCUCUCGGUGUUCGAGAGAAAUAUUUCGAGAAAGUGCAAUAAUAUCAUUCACUAACGUCAUUCCUCAUAUUAAAAUAAUUGCCAGACGUCAUAUCGUUAAUCGGCGAUUCGAUUAUCCGCGAUAGCAUUCGUCGAUCGUUUAUAGUCUCUUUCUUGCUACCUCUUCGGAGGUGAAUUUUACAUUCCAGACUCGCCGAGACGAUGACGGCGACAUUUCGCGUGUGACAAAAAGAGAAUAUAUGAUAUUUUCUUUUUAGUUUUUAAUUUAGAUAUUCGCAUAGGUUUAAUUAGAAACGCGCAAAGGAGGAAAGCGGUAAAACAUUCCGGAGACGAAUUGUUUGAUUCUGUUUGUACAAUACAUUCGUAUAAGAUACAAUGUCUUGAUGCCAGUUCAGAGAACGUAAGUAUCGCCUAAGUAGGUCUAAGAGAGUGUCACUAAGUGUAUGAACAUGUAUGAAUUAUUAAUCGUAAGCGAAUCGUCAUCGCUUUCGACAGCCGCGAACGACUCGCGAUCGUGAAUCGGCGAUUAGUUGGAUGUGUAAAUUCGCUAGCGAAUACCUUAUAAAAGUACACUUUUAUAAGGAAACAUCGUUUCUUAUAAUUUUAGCUACAUAUCAUUAUAUGAGCGCGGUCAAGAAUCGACGCGCAUAAUACAGUCUUCGUAUAAAAGUAAGAUUUAAAUCUAAAAUACAUUAACAAGUCUUUACCUGUUAGUUACGUGUUUAAAAAUUUAUAACAUGUUCGCCUGAGAAUGGUCUAAUUUACAACUAGUGGUCUAACAAUUCAUCCGUGAAGUUUUCGAGGUAUUCAAAUUUGAAAAUAAUUUUUGCGUGCCAACAAAAUCACAAAUACCGCUACAUGUGCAGAAAUGCAUAACUAUUAAAUCGACGAUUGGAACUAGGCAUUGACCUGUAUUAUUAUUAAUUCUACGAAUCAUGUGACGCAAUUUUA